CUCGGCUUCUAUAUAAAAGGGGUGCAGAGAACUGGGAGGCAGCAGUUGGAAGUUGGCAGGUGGAGAGGCAGGUUGGGAGGGGAAAUCGAGGAGGAGGCGGAAGAGGAGCUGUCGGAAGGGGGAGGAGGGAGGAAAAAGAGGAGGCGGAGAGCUAAGCUGAGCAAAGCAUCGAGCCAAAGGGGAGAUGAGUUUGUCUGUCCUCGGCUGAGGCUCGGACCGGGCCUGCGGAACUAGAAGCUCGGGUUGGAACGACACCCGUGGAAGUGGGAGGAGGUGGCUCUGGGACUUUAACCCCUUGUGGGUUCUGCGGCAGGGGAUUUAACCCUUUGUGGACCCGGCCCCCUUGGAGGUAGCGUCAUCGGAUAGUUUUAACCCCUUCGGGUCUGGGUUUAACCCUUUGGACUUCACCACCUCACCUCCUUGCUCCAGUUCUCUACCGAGGGGGCGCUCUGAGAGAAAACCCGAGCCCACUCCUUUCACUUAUUACGAACUGUUCUGGCUGGCUGCACCCCCUGGGACUCACUAGCUGGCCGCGCUGUGGGCACUUUAACCCUUUAUCGGCUUGAGCGCCCCCCAAGUUGCAGCUGGAGUCAGCUGACGGAAGAACUCGCUAAAGGCGUCUCUGCAGGAAUCAUAGACCGAGAGGACUCAGUUGGACAUUUUGCAAAAGAAAAGGAGCUCCUCCUUUUUCUUUAAGGACUUUCAACCAACAAUUUUCAAACUUCGAGAAGAAGCUUCUACUAGCCAUGGCCGAGCCGCUCUUGUCUGAGUAUCAGCACCAGCCUCAAACUAGCAACUGUACAGGUGCUGUUGUACAUGAUGAGCGGAACCCCGAGCGCCCCCAAGGAGCGGAGGAGCGGGUGCCAGAGGAGGACAGUAGGUGGCAAUCGAGAGCGUUCCCCCAGUCGGGUGGCCGUCCAGGGCAGGAGGGGGAAGGGUGCCUGCAGCCCCAGACGCCUGUCCUGCAGCCCCAGGUCAGUCCAGAACCCAGUUGCCAGGAAGCAGGCGAGAAUGGCCAAAAUGGGGACUCCUCUGGCGGGACCUCCUCACUGGUGGCGGACGGGGAAGCGAGGCCCGAGACCGAGCCCCUCGCCCAGUCCUGUCUGGACUCUGACGCCAACAAGUUGGGGGCUCCUGCCGCGGGGGGAGAGGAGUGGGGGCAGCAGAGACAGCUGGGCAAGAAAAAACAUAGGAGACGCCCCUCCAAGAAGAAGCGUCAUUGGAAGCCGUACUACAAGUUGACCUGGGAGGAGAAGAAAAAGUUCGACGAGAAACAGAGCCUUAGAGCUUCGAGGAUCCGAGCCGAAAUGUUUGCUAAAGGCCAACCGGUUGCGCCCUAUAACACCACGCAGUUCCUCAUGGAUGAUCACGACCAAGAGGAGCCGGACCUCAAAACCGGCCUCUACCCCAAGCGAGCCGCCACCAAAUCCGACGACACCAGCGACGAGGACUUUAUGGAAGAAGCGGGUGAGGAGGAUGGAGGCAGCGACGGGAUGGGAGGAGACGGCAGCGAGUUUUUGCAGCGGGAUUUCUCGGAGACUUACGAGAGGUACCACGCGGAGAGUCUGCAGAACAUGAGCAAGCAGGAGCUCAUUAAAGAGUACUUGGAGCUGGAGAAGUGCCUCUCGCGCAUGGAAGACGAGAAUAAUCGGCUGCGGCUAGAAAGCAAGCGGCUGGGCGGCGACGACGCGCGUGUUCGCGAGCUGGAGCUGGAGCUGGACCGCUUGCGCGCUGAGAACCUCCAGCUGCUGACCGAGAACGAACUGCACCGGCAGCAGGAGCAAGCACCACUGUCCAAGUUUGGAGACUAGACUGCAACUUUUGGGGGGAGGGGGCAAAGGGGACUUUUUACAGUGAUGGAAUGUAACAUUAUAUACAUGUGUAUAUAAGACAGUGGACCUUUUUAUGACACAUAAUCAGAAGAGAAAAAUCCCCCCGGCUUUGGUUUGGUAAAUUCAGCUAUGAUGUAGUUUGCGUGCUUUCUCCUGUUCUUUAAUUAUGUGAAACUGAAGGGUUGCUUUUCUUUUCCUUUUUAGAAAUUUUUUUUCUAUGUAAUUUUACCAAGUUAUAAUGCAUUUUUUUAUUAUAAACAAACUCUCCUUAAACGGAGCUCUAAGGUGGCCAAAUCUGAGAACCAUUAAAUUCACUUUAGUUGUAAUAAAUUUGAUAUUUGUAAAUGUAAUAUAGUUUCAGUGUGAUUUCUAGAGCUAAUUCAGAACUACUGAUUUAUGUGAUUUGCAUUAGGUGGGGGUGUAAAGAAAUAGAUUUGUCAAUUUAAAAAAAUCUUAUAUGGGAGAAUAUAAAGACUUGAUUGUCUUCAA